AUGUCCUGGAAAGAAUCCAAUUGUCAUUUCACCAUCCUGCGGAAUGCGGAAGCCGGGCAGUAUGGAGUUAUCGCCGCCAUCGCCUACAACAUUGAGCAUGUGCUAGGUCUCGUCCGGGCCGCUGAGACAGCUCGCUCACCCCUCAUCAUCCAAUUCUUUCCCUGGGCUAUCGAGGCCACUGAUGGGUUGCUUGUGCGCACCGCCGCAGAUGCCGCGAAGCGCGCGAGUGUACCGAUUAGCAUCCAUCUCGACCAUGCGCAAUCCGAAGCAAUCAUCAAGCGAGCAGCGGAUCUACCUUUUGACAGUAUCAUGGUUGACAUGUCUCACUAUGAGAAGGAAGUCAACUUGGAGAAAACCCGCGAACUGGUGCGCUAUUGCAAUGAACGCCAGAAGGCUACCGAGGCCGAACCGGGUCGCAUUGAAGGUGGAGAGGAUGGCGUAAUGGAUACCGCGGGGUUGAAAGCGUGUAUGACGACAGCCGAAGAGGUGGAUGAGUUCGUCGGCACAGGUGUGGACGUGCUUGCUCCGGCGUUUGGGAAUGUUCAUGGGGAAUUCAAGAAUGUCCGUAACCAGGCAAAUAGUAGAGUCAGGUUGGCUCUGCAUGGUACCAAUGGGUUUGCGCCUGAGUUAAUGAAGCGCUGCGUGGCUGCGGGUGUCAGCAAGAUCAAUGUCAACCGCCUCGUCUUAGACGACUAUUACGACCAUCUUCGAGCCAAUGUGAAUAAAAUGGCGCAAACUCAACUGAUCGAGGAGGGUAUUCAGAAGGUCGCGGAUCUGACCGUCAAGUGGAUGAUAAUUUGCGGCUCUGCCGGCAAGGCAUGA